GAUACGCAGCAACUUAUGUACGUUUGGAAAGAAUUCAUGGUUGCAUUCUUCUGAUGCCUGAGCUGCACUGCUGGGUAGGUCUUGAUCCACGUUUAGCCAGUUGCCCCGCCAACGGAAAAGUUCCUCAUGAAAAACCCGGGGUAAUGGUAGGACAUCUGCAUAGUACUGCAAAGCGGCUUGUACAGGGUUUCCCAAGCGAGAAACUAGCAAGGCUGGAAGUAGGCACGGGAGGCUCGUAUGAUCCGUCCAAUUUAUGUACCCUUAUAAUAUUAUAACCUGCGAUAUAGCAUGUGAUGCCUUUUUAAAUUGAUUUUCUUUUGUUCUUUAAAAACGAAAAUCUCGUCUCGCGGAAUUUCGAAAGGGGGGUUCCGAUACUUUUUUUCUCUUGAAAUAAAACCCAUUUUCAUAACCCAAAAGGGGGGUUCCAGAACCUGGCUACGCCCCUGUGACAAAAGUUUGCUUUUCUUUUAUUUUCAGACAUCGACAUAAACAAAGAAGGAUUAACCUAUGUCGUGCAUUUGAUAUGAUUGUGUGACUUACUAGAAGAGUGACAAGAGUGGCCAGGCAGCAAAGCCUACAGGUUAUUGCAGGCCUUGGUUGCCUUGUUGAGGCGCGUUCUAUUUUGCAUUUGACAAUGUCUGUUGAUCUCGUCAAACACACUGGAGGAUGCCAUUGUGGUAAAGUUCGGUUUGAGGUGUUAGCCAAGGCUGAGCUCAAAGCCUACGAUUGCAACAGCUGUAGCAUAUGUGUAAAGAAAGGAAUGUUACCUGUUCUUGUUCCAAAGGAGAAUUUUAAAUUAUUAGAGGGAGAGGAGCAUAUCUCAUGUUACACUUUCAACACUCACCAAGCUAAGCACUACUUCUGUACAACAUGUGGAAUCCACCCAUUCUACCAACCUCGCACUAAUCCUAAUGGGCGUGGCAUUUCACUGCAUUGUUUGGAUGAGGGAACAGUGAAGAAAGUCAAUAUUGUUCCUUGUAAUGCCUUAGACUGGAAAAACUGGCAGAAAUACCUUGACGAGAAUCCCAAGGCAAGAAACCUUACUGAGAAUGUGGAAUAGUACAUACAUAGCACAUUAGUAUUCUGAUGGUAGUCUUGUAAAUUAUGAACGGUGCUAUGUGUUCAUCUAUUAAGAUCUAUACACUGUUUAGCUAGCCCUUUUCAUGCUUCUUAACAGUUUCACGACAAAGGAAAUUAUUUGAAUCUGUGGAUACCAGUAUACAUUUUAACUGAGUUAGAGACUUUAAUCAACUUUUAUACUGUAAAGUUGAGUCAUGUUGCUGUCAUGUUUCAGGAUACUUUCAAUGUCCAAGUAGCUUGAAAGCUCUGGAGUUGGUCAAAAUAUUGACCGUUUUCAUGUUACAACUUGAUUGUAUAUGAAGCCUGAGUAACUUAUUAGUGUUUUAGAAAUGGUACUGAUUGCAAACUAAAAUUUGUAAAAUAGUAAGGUGAGCUGGACUUCAAAGAAGCUUAGAUUUCCCCAUCCCAGAUAUUGCACAUUUCUAGAAUUUUUGAUACAUUUUGUCAUUUUAAAACUCAAGAACAGUAUAAUCUAGAGUAGAAAUUGACUUAACGGUUGCGUGAAAAAAAUGAGUAAAACAAGACAGCAGUACUGUUUGCUUGUCUGCUCACCAUUGUUAUGUCGGGGAAGCAAUGGAACACUCUCCCUCCAAAAAACAGUGGAACAGUAGAAAUCAGCAUUCUCCAGUGUGUUUUUAAAAUAAAUUAUUGUAACUUUUAUAGUG